AUGCCCUUAGGCAGCUAUAUGUACGUUACAGCACACGGGAGAAGAAAGGUUCUGCCUUUGUUUAACAACGAAGCAACCUUUGGAAAGCCAACAUUACCUGGAAACCUGAGGCAAAGCGGUGGAAUAGAGAUGUACGGUUAUGGGAUCGGUUACGAAUCAAGGGCUAGCGGGGAGGUCACAGGGAAUUUAAAAUGCACUGCUCUACAACCACAACUAGAUGAUGAUGAUGAGAAAGCAAGGUUUAAUAAUGGCGAAACCCAGAGCUUUAACUUUGAUUUUUCUGUCACUCUCUCACCAUCUGCUGGUUUUGCUCAUGCUGAUGAGCUUUUCUCUGAUGGCUUUAUCAGACCUGUUUAUGGUAAUACUUCAAAGAUAAGAUCUUGCAAUACUCCUGAUUCUACACAAACCAUGCCUAGUUCUUUCUUUUACUCAGGAAUUGUCUCUCCAAGAGGUGUGGGGACUCAUCAUCAUGGGUUCUUCACAAAGUGGAGAAAAUCCACGCAGAAAAUCUUGAGAAGCACCUUUGGGUAUUUCAAGCAAUUAGGGAGGAGAGUAGGGUGCUCGAGGGAAAGUACUAGAGUUGGUGACUUUGAGAAGACGGAGUGGGAAGUGAAUAGUUGGAGCAUUUCACAGCAAGCAUCUCCAGUAUCAGUUAAAGAUUAUUCUAUGGGUGAUCUGUUUGAUCAUGAGAACUCAAUUCAUGAAGCAGUCCUUCACUGUAAAAGAUCAAUAGGAAAAUAAUCUUUCAUCAGCAGAUAAAGACGAGAAUAGAGAAGAGAAGUGAAGUGGU